GAGGAUGAAAGACGUGAGAAGGAGUUACGUGAUGAGCAACGGAGAGCUGCUGAAAGACGUGAGCAAGAACGACUGGAGGAUGAGAGGAAGGAGAGGGAACGGCAAGAGGAAGAGAGGAAAGAAGCGGAAAGACGUGAAAUGGAACGGAGGGAAGCAAUCAGAAGAGAACGUGAGCGACAGAUGGAAGAGGAACUCGAACGUGAGAAGUUGGCUGAAAUCGAACGGGCCGCUCAAGAAAGGUUCUGAUUGGAUCAUUUUAGAGAGUGUUGAUGGAGGAGAAUGA